AUGUGGCUCUACCUGGCUGCCCUGCUGGGGCUUUACUUCCUUCGCCGAUUGUACCAGGAGAGACAGACGGUGGAGAACCUGACGGAAAAAUAUGUCUUCAUCACGGGCUGUUCCUCUGGCUUUGGGAACCAUCUUGCCAGGCAUCUGGAUGCCCGGGGUCUGCGGGUGCUGGCAGCCUGUCUCACGCAGAAGGGGGCAGAGCAGCUGGGCAAGGCCACCUCAGAGCGCUUGAAAACCACCAUUCUGGAUGUCACCAGUACAGAGAGCGUUGCGGCAGCAACGGAGUGGGUGAAAGAACAAGUGGGGAACAAAGGUAGCUUUUUGUUGUUUUGUUUCCAUGCUCUGGAUCAGGCCAGGGAUUAUCUGUAUCAUCAUCUGCUUAUCUUUACUCCACUUUCCCACAAAAUGUGACCUGAGUGACUCCCAAUACAGUGGUACCUCGUGUUAAGUACCUAAUUCGUUCCAGAGGUCUGUUCUUAACCUGAAACUGUUCUUAACCUGAAGCACCACUUUAGCUAAUGGGGCCUCCUGCUGCCGCUGCACCGCCGGAGCACAAUUUCUGUUCUCAUCCUGAAGCAAAGUU